ACUAUUUUGUUGAAACUCGGCUAGUAAUCUAAUAUAGAGAAAAAGAGCACCAAUGGUUUCAGUUCUCCUAAUAGUUAUUGUGAUAUUCUUGGGUCUCUAUGAUCUGCCACAAACGAUGGCUGCUCGAGAGCAUACUCCGACUGUUAUUGUGGUCGGAGCUGGCAUGUCCGGGAUAACGGCUGCAAAAACUUUAUCGGAUGCAGGAAUAAAGAACAUUAUAAUACUGGAAGCAACUGACAGAAUUGGUGGUCGUAUCAGAAAGACUAACUUUGCAGGUGUACCGGUAGAGGUGGGUGCAAGCUGGGUCGAAGGGGUUAACGGGGAACAAGUUAAUCCCGUUUGGACUUUGGUGAACGAAAUCUGCCUCAGAACCUUCUACUCUGAUUUCGACCAAGUCGCCAAUCAUACUUACAAACAAGUGGGAGGGCUUUAUGAAGAAUCCGUAGCUCAGGAAGCAUACGAUGCAGCAGAUGAACGCUCGGCAUUCAGCCAAAAUUUAUCGAUUUCUUUGUCUUGUCAAGGACAAGAAGAUAUCUCAAUCUUGGCAUCCCAAAGACUCCAAAACGACGUUCCGACAACACCGCUUGAUAUGGCAGUCGACUAUUACACUUAUGACUACGAGUUUGGUGAGCCACCACGAGUGACUAGUUUGCUAAACACGGAGCCUUUGCCAACAUUUACCGAUUUCGGUGAAGAUCUGUAUUUAGUUGCAGAUCCGAGGGGUUUUGAGAGUGUUGUUUAUUACAUCGCUAAGCAAUUCCUAACUACUAACGACGCUGGAGAUAUCACUGAUCCUCGACUUAAGCUGAAUAAGGCUGUGACGGAAAUACAAUAUUCGAAUAGGGGUGUCGUAGUUAAGACUGAAGAUGGCUCAGUGUAUGAAGCGGCAUAUGUGAUGGUUUCUGUUAGUAUUGGUGUGCUGCAGACAAACCUUAUCAACUUUGAGCCCGAUCUACCGGCAUGGAAAUUGCUGGCCAUAUAUCAGUUUAAUAUGGCCAUCUACACGAAAAUCUUCCUCAAGUUCCCUUGUAGAUUCUGGCCUACUGGUAAUGGCACAGAAUUUUUUGUUCACGUUCACGAAAAAAGAGGGUAUUAUACACCGUGGCAGCACCUAGAAAAUCAGUUCCCAGGCUCAAAUAUCCUCUUAGUAACGGUAACAGAUGAAGAGUCUAGACGGAUUGAGCAGCAACCAGAUUCAGAGACUCUGGCUGAAAUUAUGUGUGUCUUAAGAAACAUGUUUGGGGAUGACAUACCCCAUGCCACAAACAUACUCGUUCCAAGAUGGUGGUCAAAUAGGUUUUUCAGAGGAUCAUUUUCCAACUGGCCUGUUGGAGUUGAUCAGUGCGAGUUCGAUCAGAUUAGGGCACCCGUCGGCAGAGUUUAUUUCACGGGAGAGCAUACAAGCAGGGAAUAUAAUGGUUAUGUUCACGGUGCGUACCUUGCAGGCAUUGAUUCUGCAAAUAUUUUGAUCAAGUGUGCCAAGAAGAAAAUGUGCCAUUAUAACAUCAAGCCUAAGAGGACCUAACCUAAGUUAUAAUGCAGGGGUUCCGCUUAUCAGAAAGCUAGUACUUAAUAGAAAACAGGGUGCGUUUGCGUGUUUGCACAUAUCUAGCAUUUGUAUAUGGGCACGUAGCAAAAUGAAAAUUCUAUCGUAUAACUUCCGAGCCAAAAGUGUAGCUUGAGAUGGAUAUGCAUGAAUGUACACGAAUUCUUCCAGGCUUUUCCCAGCAGGUAAAAUAUUUAAGCCAGGAUGGCAAUGUAUAUUGCCAGACUUUUCAAGUCCCUAACUAGAAGUUGUCUAUCCACAAGUUUUAGUUCUUUCAAUGUUAUUUCGGAACUGUUAGCUGACACUGAGGGAAGUAAACAAAGGUAACGAUUUGGACAGAAAAAACUACCAUCUCAACUGAAGGCACAAAUGUUCACUUCACAAUAGGUCAACAUAAAAAGACCAGGGGUAGAGACUUUGGCAUGACCAGAAUCAGAGUUAUUAAAUAGUUUCCUCUUUCAAAUUUCGAAAACUUCAAAUUGGAAUGAUGAAAAAUUAAACGCUAAGUAUAAAUGUACCUUGACAGAAAACUUGAAAAGAGUUUUACCGAUUUUUGAUUGAUUUGGAUAUAACGAAGAUCAAAAAAACUUCCAAAAUUUAAACUAGACCCACAAAAUCUGAAACAGUUUAAGAACUGUGAAAUGGGUUCUUCAUUUAUUUGACUGUCCCUAGAUUUUCGUUUUGUGCCAGUGCCUUGUCAUAAUUACUUUAGCUGCCUACAUGGACCCGGAAAAAAGUAUGGUGGCCACUUUGGUUUUAAACUUAAAAUAAAUACCAAAUAUAAUUUCUUCCAUUGGUUAUCUCCUGGUUCCUUUUGUUUCAAUUUUUUCCAACAUUUCAUUGUUUACUUCUCUGGAUAUCGGCAAUUUCAGGUUCAUCUAGAUCCUUUUCUUCUCCAUUUUCUUUGUUAUCGACUAUCACUUAAACAAUAGGAAGCUAACUAAUUGUGUUGGCACAUCAAAGUUAUAUGAGAAACAAAAAUUGUGCAAUUGCACUUCUGCAUGCAUAUUAAUUGAGUGAAGCAAAUUUCUAGUAUGGGAAUUGGGAAAUGAUAUUGGUUUUGGAAUAGAUUUUUCAUAUACUAUUGCUCUUGUUAAGCAAAACCUCGUACGCUUCGAACUCUAACCACUAACCAGGUUAACCUGCACACUAAAUGGACUGCCCCUAAAUGUAUUAUAUACAAGCAGUAAUUAGGCACCAAUGUCAAUAUGUUUAGGUCCGACUUCAAAAUCGAACAUUGCUUAAUUACAUGUAUUAUUUCCUACAUAUUAUUUGAAAGAAAUAAAAAAUUUGUUUCCUACAUAUCCAUACAAGGUGACUUUCGAAGGAUUUGAAGGGGCAUGCUGGCCUUAUUUUACCCAACUCUUGCAAUUUCCGAACUUUUAAAAAAAAUCUUUGUCCAAGUCUUGAACGGCGAGCACUA